AUGCGUCUGCGCGUGCAACCGCCCAAGGUACGCGCCAUGGUCGAUCCCACCGCGUCCAAAGACCCAGCCUAUCUGGCUUUCGUGUUCACCUCGCUAAUUGCAUACAUGGGCUUAUUCGUUAUCUUGUUCUACCUGUCCUUCUUCGCCGAGGCAACUCGCAUCACAGAUAGCAGUCUGGCCUUCUACAUGGUGCCCAUCUUCAACGCAGCUUCGGUCUUUGGUCGUACAAUUCCAAACAAACUCGCCGACCGCUUCGGCCCCUUUAACCUUCUCGUUCCCGCUGCACUGUCCUCGGGCAUGUUGAUGUUCUGUAUGAUGGCAGUUCAUUCAAAGGCAGCUGUCAUUGUCAUGGCGAUUCUGUUCGGCUUCAUGAGUGGUGCGCUGAUAGGACUGCCGCCUAUGUGUCUGGCCAUUCUGACGGCGGACAAGUCGAAGCUAGGCACCCGUGUUGGCAUGGGGUAUGCAAUAAUCGCACUAGGAGUGCUGGCGAGUGGUCCUAGCGGUGGUGCAUCGCUCGAUUGGCACAGUUUGUGGGUGUUUGGUGGGGUUCCGACCUGUGUGUCGGGACUAGGCUAUGCGGCGAUUAGGAUCUUCAAGUAUGGGCCGAAGCUGAAUAUUAAGGCGUGA